GGGCGAAGCAGUCCUUGAAAAUGCUCGUCUCAUGCUGCACACUGAGAACAUCCAAGCCUGUGCUGAAGACUUCAAAGACAGAUAUGAAAAUGAGCAGCCAUUCAGAAAGGCAGUGGAAGAUGAAAUUAAUUCCCUAUAUAAAGUGAUCGAUGAUGCUAAUUUAACAAAAAUGGACCUGGAGAGUCAGAUAGAGAGCAUGAAAGAAGAACUAACUUUGCUGUCAAAGAAUCAUGAAGAAGAUGUGAAGGUACUAUACAAGCAGCUUGCCGGAUCUCAGCUGGAAGAACUUGAUGUUCCCCUGGGAAGUGGCCUGGACGACAUACUGGAAAAAAUCAGAAUCCACUGGGAGAGAGACAUUGAAAAGACUCGUGCUGAGACGGGCGCCCUGCUCCGUACCAAGCAGCAGGCUGAGACGCCGGCCGCCGUGCGGAGCCAGGAGGAGGAGCUGGUGGAGGGCCUCAGGACCGAGUUCCACGAAACCGCCUGCAAAAUCCAGAGCUUGCAAGCAGAAACCGAGUCUUUGAGAACCUUGAAGAGGGGUCUGGAGAACUCUUUAUACGACGCCAAGCACUGGCACGACAUUGAACUGCAGAACCUCGGCUCUGUCAUUUCCAAGCUGGAGGCAGAGAUGGGAGAAAUCAAAGUAGAGACCGAGCAGCAGCAGCGGGACCGCGAGAACCUGCUGAGCAGCAAGCAGCAGCUGGAGAAGGACAUCGCUGCCUACCACUGCCUGCUGGACGGCGAGCAGGGCAGCUGAUUAUGACACUCCCAGCCCUCAGAAGUCCACUGCCACUGAAGCAAAAGCUGUCACUGCCAGUUAUGUUCGUGGAAGCUAAAACCCAUCACCGCAGCCUGCUUUAUUCUGUUUGACUCAACAAUCAAAGUAGGUUGUAGCUUGAACAACUUUAUUAGACCCUCUUCUUGUAAUUGCUUUGCUUACAGAUUUCAAUUUACUCAUGUUGUUAAAAUUAUAACAAAAAUAAAGAAUAUCAGGUUUUU